AUGGGCCUCAGCGAGGCCUGCACCAACGUCCUCAACACCGAACUGCAACAAUGCGAUCUCCGGCUCUUCGCCCGCACAGAUCUGAAGAUGACCACUUCCAUCGGCAUCCUCUCUCGUGAGGACCUGGACCUGAUCUGCAAGCCCGAGUGCCGCGAGGAGCUGGCCGCCCUGCGUGCCAAGAUUUUCGCGACGUGCACUUCUCCCCAGGACGUUGUGCGCCAUGCUGGCAUGGAGUUUCCUCCUUCUCUAUUCGUCGAAAAGUUUGCCUAUACCUACGACAUCAACUGUUACAAGCACGAAUCCAGUGAGCUCUUCUGCGACGAACUGCGCACUCAAUGGGGCCAAGGCCAGGUGAAAUUCGAUAAGUGUCAUGGCUGCUACCUCGGACCGCUGGCCGCGAUGAUCUCCUCGCCUCUGGGCGUCUACCCAGACCGCAUCGACCACUUCAACGAGGUCAGAGCAGCUUGCAAGAACACCGAGUUCGAGCCCGAGAUCGCCACGCGGUAUGGUCAGCCAGACGGCGCUCAAAUGAGACUAGCCUCCGCGGACGAGGUUGAGGACACGCGCAGCUGCGCACGCUGGUACACGAUGCAGGAGGGGGACACAUGCGCAAGUGUCUCGAUGUCGCAGAGGACGUCUACCGUCAACAUGAUCCAGAAGAACGCAUUGGACAUCAACUGCGGGGACUUCCUGCAGCCGGGCCGCAAGCUCUGUCUCGACGAGCCAGUUGAUGUUCACAGGAUUGUCCCCGGAGAUACCUGUUCGUCGAUUGCUCAGAAGUACAGCAUCACCGAGCGCCAGUUCCGCUCCUUGAACGAGAUGAUCGACGAAACCUGCUCGAACAUUGCCCGUUGGGAAGGGUACAUAGCUGCGGUUGGCCCCAAGAGCCUGUUUGCCGGGAAUUCCGAGAGCGGUCGCUUCCCAGAGUUUUCCGAGAAGCCAGCACGGUUCUCGAAAGCCAUUACACCGCGGAAGCCUCUCGCACCCGGCUCGAGCGCCAAGUGCACCAUGUUUGUCAACGGCCGCGCGCUCACGGACCCAGACCUCGUCGCCUUCUUCGGCGCUGAUGACGACGUGUUCAUGACCAGCAGGAACAUCAAGAGCUUCAACAGAUGCAGACACGUGACCGACUACAACGACAUCUACAUUGGGGAGUUUACCAAGAUGAACCCCAGCCUGGAUCCGCGUGACUGCUACCUGGAUGGACAGUACAGCUACUGCCUGGCUGAGGAGGGCGGGCCCAAGCCUACGCUUCCGGAGGGCUGGAACAUGCAGUGGGGUCUUCGUUGGGGCUAG